AUGGAGGCGAUCCUCGACUUUAACCAGGACCUCGACAUCGGUCUCCUCGACCGUGUCGUCGCGGCCAUGUACACCGGCGCCGGCUCGGACCAAAAGAUGGCGCAGCAGACCCUGGCCCAGUUCCAGGAGCACCCCGAUGCCUGGCAGAGGGUGCCUGCCAUCCUGCAGCAGAGCAGCAGCCCACAGACAAAGUACAUCGCGCUGCAGAUCCUCGACAAGCUGAUCACCACGAGGUGGAAGGUGCUGCCCGAGGACCAGCAGCAGGGCAUCCGCAACUUUAUCGUCGAGAUGAUCCUGCAGCAGUCGUCGGACGAGGCCAACCUGAAGCGCGAAAAGACCUACAUCGGCAAGCUCGACACGACGCUCAUCCAGAUCCUCAAGCAGGAGUGGCCGCACAACUGGCCCUCGUUCAUCCCCGAGAUUGUGUCGUCGUCCAAGGGCUCGCUGUCGAUCUGCGAGAACAACAUGGCCAUCCUCCGCCUGCUGUCCGAGGAGAUCUUUGACUACUCGGCCGAGCAGAUGACGACGUCCAAGACCAAGAGCCUCAAGAACCAGAUGUGCGGCGAGUUCGGCGAGGUCUUCACGCUGUGCUCCGAGGUGCUCGAAAAGGCGCAGAAGCCGAGCCUGAUCAAGGCAACGCUCGAGACGAUGCUGCGCUUCCUCAACUGGAUCCCGCUGGGCUACAUCUUCGAGACCAACGUCAUCGACAGCCUCAUCAGCCGCUUCCUCGAGGUGCCCCAGUUCCGCAACGUCACGCUCAAGUGCCUUUCGGAGAUUGCCAACCUCAACGUCGGGCCCGAGUACGACGCCAAGUUUGUCGUCCUCUUCAACAUGGUCAUGACGUCGGUCAACCGCAUGAUCCCGCCCUCGACCAACAUCGCCGCCGCCUACGAGACGAGCUCCGACGCCGAGCAGGAGCUCAUCCUCAACCUCGCCCUCUUCCUGUCCAACUUCCUCACCACCCAUCUCAGGCUCGUCGAGAACGACGAGAACCGCGACGUGCUGCUCAACGCCCACCUCUACCUGAUCAAGGUGUCGCAGGUGCCGGAGCGCGAGGUGUUCAAGAUCUGCCUCGAGUACUGGUCCAAGCUGGUCAGCGAGCUGUACGAGGAGCUGCAGGCGCUGCCCAUCACCGAGAUGAACCCCAUCCUCGGCCUCAACCUCGGCGGGCCCGGUGGUGCCGGCGGGGCGGGCAACGGGCUGGCGCCGUCGCCCGCGACCCAGGCGGCCAAUCUGCGCAAGAACACCUACGCCGACAUCCUCUCGAACCUGCGGCUGGUCAUGAUCGAGCGCAUGGUCAAGCCCGAGGAGGUGCUCAUCGUCGAGAACGACGAGGGCGAGAUCGUGCGCGAGUUUAUGAAGGAGAGCGACACCAUCGUGCUGUACAAGAGCAUGCGCGAGGUGCUCGUCUACCUCACCCACCUCGACGUCCUCGACACGGAAAACAUCAUGACCGAGAAGCUGGCCAAGCAGGUCGACGGCUCCGAGUGGUCGUGGGCCAACCUCAACACGCUCUGCUGGGCCAUCGGCUCGAUCUCGGGCGCCAUGAACGAGGAGACCGAGAAGCGCUUCCUCGUCACCGUCAUCAAGGACCUGCUCGGCCUGUGCGAGAUGAAGCGCGGCAAGGACAACAAGGCGGUCGUCGCCUCCAACAUCAUGUACAUCGUCGGCCAGUACCCGCGCUUCCUCAAGGCGCACUGGAAGUUCCUCAAGACGGUCGUCAACAAGAACUUCGAGUUUAUGCACGAGACCCACGAGGGGGUCCAGGACAUGGCGUGCGACACCUUUAUCAAGAUUGCGCAAAAGUGCCGGCGGCACUUUGUCAUGCAGCAGGCUGGCGAGCAGGAGCCCUUCAUCGACGAGAUCCUGCGCAACCUGCACCGCAUCACGCUCGACCUGACGCCGCUCCAGGUGCACACCUUCUACGAGGCCGUCGGCUACAUGAUUGCGGCGCAGCCCAACCGGCCGACGCAGGAGCGCCUCAUCACCAAGCUCAUGGAGCUGCCCAAUUCGGCUUGGGACAACCUGAUGCAGCAGGCGCACAACAACGUCGACGUCCUCGGCAGCCCGGAAAACAUCAAGAUCCUCUCCAACGUGCUCAAGACCAACGUGUCGGCGUGCACCUCGAUCGGCACCUAUUUCCUGCCCCAGAUCGGCCGCAUCUACCUCGACAUGCUCGCCCUCUACCGCAGCGUCAGCGGCAUCAUCAGCUCCAAGGUCGAGGCCGAGGGCCUCAUCGCCACCAAGACGCCCAUGGUCCGCGGCCUCCGCACCAUCAAGAAGGACAUCCUCCGCCUCGUCGAGACGUACGUCAAGCGCGCCGAGGACCUCGACGCCGUCAACGUCAACCUGAUCCCGUCGCUGCUCGACGCCAUCCUGGGCGACUACCACCGCAACGUGCCCGCCGCCCGCGACGCCGAGGUGCUCAACGUCAUGGCCACCAUCACGUCGCGCCUCCAGGGCCUGCUGACCGACAAGGUGCCGCCCGUCCUCGACGCCGUGUUUGAGCCGACGCUCAACAUGAUCAACCAGGAUUUUGCCGAGUUCCCCGAGCACCGCGUCGGCUUCUUCAAGCUGCUGCGCGCCAUCAACCUCUACUGCUUCCCCGCCCUCCUCGAGCUGCCGCCGCCCAAGUUUAAGCUGACGAUGGACAGCAUCAUCUGGGCCAUCAAGCACACGAUGCGCGACAUUGCCGACACGGGCCUCAACAUCUGCCUCGAGCUGCUCAACAACAUCGCCGGCUCGCCGCUCGAGGUGGCCAACGGCUUCCACCAGCAGUACCUGCUCAACAUUAUCCAGGACAUCUUCUUUGUCCUGACCGACUCGGACCACAAGAGCGGCUUCAAGACGCAGUGCAUCCUGCUGGCGCGCAUCUUUGAGCUCAUCGAGACGGACCGCGUCACCGCGCCCUUGUGGGAUCCGGCGACGGUGACGGACCCCAACAUGAACAACCGCCUCUUUAUCCGGCAGUACACGUCCAACCUGCUGCGCACCGCCUUCCCGCACGUCCAGGCCCAGUACAUCGACAGCUUCGUCAACGGCCUCUGCCUCCACUCGAGCGACCUGUCGACGUACAAGGUGCACCUGCGCGACUUCCUCAUCACGUCGCGCGAGGUGGCGGGCGCCGGCGCCGACAAUGCCGACCUGUUCAUCGAGGACAAGGAGGCCGAGGCGCAGCGCAAGGCGGCCGAGCAGCAGGAGGCGGCGGCCAAGGUGCCCGGCAUGCUCAAGCCGUCGCAGAUCAAGGAGGAGGACGAGGAGCUGUGA